UAGCUGUGUGAUUGGUGGCCGCGGCAUGUUCAAACUAGCAUGGGAACUGUUGAUUGGCUGGAGGUGGCCGCGGCAGGCCGGGCUCCCUCCUCGCGCUCGGGCGGGUUAUUGUCUGGAGGCUCCUGAGGCGGCUCCAGCGCGGACGUGGGACCGGAGCGGCGACACCAUGGCUGGUGGCAAGGCGGGAAAGGACAGCGGGAAGGCCAAGGCGAAGGCUGUGUCACGCUCCCAGAGAGCUGGGCUGCAGUUCCCCGUGGGGCGCAUCCACCGGCACCUCAAGACUCGCACGACCAGCCACGGGCGAGUGGGCGCCACCGCCGCCGUCUACAGCGCGGCCAUCCUGGAGUACCUCACUGCUGAGGUGCUGGAGCUGGCGGGAAAUGCAUCGAAAGACCUGAAAGUCAAGCGGAUCACUCCCCGCCACUUGCAGCUGGCCAUCCGUGGGGAUGAGGAGCUGGAUUCCCUGAUCAAAGCCACCAUUGCUGGAGGAGGUGUCAUCCCCCACAUCCACAAGUCUCUGAUCGGAAAGAAGGGACAACAGAAGACAGCGUAAGGAGGGGAGGAUGCGCAGCGGCCUGCUCCCUCCUGCCGCCGGCACUGACCUGGGACAGCAGAAACCUUGGGAAUCCCUGGGAUUUGGUUUUUUUAAGGCAUAGUUGACAGGAGGAGCAUAGACAACUGACUGUAGAGAGGAGGAGGCGGGGUGCAGGCUGUGUAGAGUGGAGGGGGGCCGCGCAGGUGUACCUGUGAGGGUGGUGGGCAGGGGCAGGGACAGGGGAGGGUCUUGGCUGCUCCCUGGGGUUUUAUACAAAUGUGGGCUGGAUAAACCAUUUUUUACAGAAAAAAUC